AUGGGGUUGUAUGCUAGAUGGAUGGCUCUUCCAUCAAAGGUCAGAUAUUAUGUUGGGUUUUCAACAAUUGGAUUUGCAUUGAUAGGAGAUUACGUGACAUCAAGAAUUAAUGACGAAGUUCAAGCAAGAAAAGAAAUUGAAGAGUCUUCAUCUUCUCCACAAUCGACAAACCAAUAA